AGUUCGUGAGAUGCGUAGAGGGCUCCCUCGGUAUUAGUGUUCUGUGCUCCCUCUACGGUGAGAUGUCAGUCUGAUCCGGGUAGAAUCUACUAGUUAGUCUGUGUCAUCAACUCUCUUGUUAUAAGCUAAUCUGUGUGAGCAACUAUUUUUUGUAAUUUUUAUUGUUACUACUUUUUUUCAUAUUGCUACUUAGUACAUAGACUUACAUGUCAGUGUGUUAUUUAGAAAUAAGGUGCGGUCACAAAAUUCAGGUUUACCGUCUUUUGUAUAAUUAAAUUUUUAGUCCAUACUAACAUUUAAUGUUUUGGGAUAUAAAAUUGGUUAUAACAAAAGAGUGAUUAGAUUACAGUGUUAUUAUUCUCUCAGGGAGAUUGAACACUAGUGUCAUUGAACAAGACCAAUCAUCCGUUUCGUGCAUGUGUACAACAUAAUAGAAAUCACUUUCGAAUAAUUUGUUUGUGAUCGGCAAAUAAUUCACGACCUGAACCUGGUCAAAAUACAAGUGACAGAAGUGUGGUAGUGAAUUGUGUAAUUCCGACAUUUAGUAAAAAACAUCGUUUUUGGUGACUGCGGUUACACCUGUUUUAUAUUCACCGGAAAAAACAAAUGUUAUUUUAAGAUAAAUUUACCCCCUUGUGGGAAACUAGCUAUGGUGGACUACUACAGAAUAUUGGGUGUAUCAAAAACUGCUACUGAAGCAGAAAUCAAGAAAUCUUAUAGAAAAUUAGCUCUGAAAUGGCAUCCUGAUAAGAACCCUGAUAAUGCAGAUGAGGCUAAUAGAAGAUUCAAAGAAAUAUCUGAAGCCUAUGAAGUCCUGUCUGAUGAAAACAAGCGGAAAAUAUAUGAUGCACGGGGUUCCAGUCACCACAGUCACAGAUAUCAAAGCAAGAAUGGAGUUAAUGGGCACCGACACUUUAGCUUCAAGGGGUUUUUUGGAGAGACGCCUUUUCAUCGAUUUUUUGAAAGAAAACGACGUGUGUAUGAUCAAUAUGGCAAAGAAGGUCUUAACAGUUCGCGUGGCCGUCGUUCCGCCGCCGACGACGACUAUGAGUUUGGAUAUCACAGCUUCCCAUUCACAUUCCGAGACCCCGAGGAGGUGUUCCGAGAAUUUUUCGGUGGCUCUCCGUUCGGCGAUUUGUUUGCUGAUUUAAAUGGGCAUGGAUACCAUCAUCGGCAUGGACGCAGGAGUCACCCGAGCACAUCACUCACUUCGUCCCUGUUCAGCCCGUUCGGGCUGGGAUUGCAAGGUCUAGACGACGCGUUUACUCACGCCGCGUUCAACGGGAACACGUUCACGUCAUUUUCGACUUUCAACAGCUCGCUCGCGGGCCCCGGCAGCGCCAACAUGAAGAGCACCACAACAACCACGCGCAUUGUUAACGGAAAGAAGAUCACUACUAAAAAGGUCACAGAAAAUGGACGAGAAACAAUAAUGUCUUACGAAAACGGGGUCCUCAAAUCAAAGACUGUCAAUGGUGUACCUCAGUCGCUUACAUACAGUUAAACUGGAAUAAUAACUUAUAACCAAACUUGAUCCAAAUGACAACCUGUACUCACCACUACAAUGCGAGUUACAUGUUCCAUUUAUCAUUUAGUUUUUGCUUAAUUUAAUAAUAGUUUCCGAUACUGUAAAUUAAUAGUGAUGAUAAUAUCAAAAUAAUAUUUCUAGUUAUACCUAGGCUAAUGUCGCUUUUCAUUUUAACUUUAAUAUUUUUUUUAUUGCAAUGAAUACAAAUAAAAUUUUAAAGUAGGUUCAUUUAAAUAUUGUAAAAUAUUCGUGUUACGUUCUUGGCACGCCCAUUUUUGAUCUCAGUCUCACGAACGAAUCCUUGCUUAUUUUAUAUUGUUAUGCGAUGUUUUAGUGUUCAGUGUUCAUUAAAAUAUGCUAGUCGCAAAAUGGCGGAGGAUUAUAUAGGAUUCGAAUUAACGUGAAACGCGGAAUCAAAUACGCCGUCUAUAUAUUGCGGCAAAAUAGAUCGCUUGUAAACUGCCUGGUGGCUCACGUAAUUGAUAAGUACCUCAUGUGUGGCGUCGGUAUUCACAUAAAUUAGUUCGUAUUAAAUUAGUCAAGCUUUUUAAAUUUAAAACUUUAUUUUCUUAAACAGUAACUGCAUUCUAUUUGGUCUUGACCAUUCUAAUCACGUUUUAAGCUCAAAUAACGUAAAUAACGAAAUAAUUACAAAACAGAUGAUGAAGAAAUUUUGUAUAUUGGAUAUUACAAGGCCCAUAUCUGUUGAUACUAAAUGAUUCAUUUUUGUUGAAGAGAACGUUACAUUUUAUUUUUUAAUUUUCUGUUGUUUGUAAAAUGACCGAGAUUUAAAUAAUAUACUUGCACAUGUUUUAAAAUAAUUACUAGGCCAUAAAUUUCAGGCACUUGAAGUAGAUAUCCUUGGAUAUUGUUCUAAAUAUUUGUCCAAACAUAAGCCAACCACAAAGAUAAGAUAACACGAUAUCGAUAAGGUUUACUUUCACAUAGUAAAACGGUGGCUUAAUAAUUAGAAAUAAAAUAUACUUGUUUGGAAAAAUGAUGAUUUUGCUACAUUAAUUAAUAUAUAUUACUUUAACAAUUUCGCUAUGUUAUGCUAAUCGAGUACUUAAUUACAUUGCAAUGUUUCAACAAAAAGAAAACAAAUUCAUGACAUUUAUUUCUUUAAACAAGUGGUGACCAUUUUCUUAUAACAAACAAACAAACACGAUAUAAAAGGCAACAAACUUACUAUUAUAAGGUAUAAGCUUAGGUUUUAUUACUUAAUGUUUAUUAAAAUUGUCCCUUUCCGCAAUGAAAAUGGUCAUCAAUUAUUUGUUUCGAAUUUAUAAUAAUAUUUUCUGAUUAUUUUGUGCAUGUAGAAUCUGUUUAGUUAAAAGGUGAACAAUAGUUCUGAUUUGUAGUGCCAUUGCUUUAUAUGUGUUUCCCAUUGAAUAUUAUAAACUCUUGUCAGUUUAAAAAUGUACAUACAAUGUGUCUGUUUAAACUAUUUUGUUUCAUACAAAACUGAUUUAAUACAAUAAGCACUGCAACAGUU